CUUGUGUUGUUAUAAGUUUUUUAUGCUUAAUCGGUGUUUUAAUCUGUUGAUUUUGGCUAAAGUCGUUGUCUUUUGUUCUUUCUGUUUUUACUUUCAAUUUUGCCCCUUGCUUUGUGAUCAUAAAACUAUUUUAUCUGUUGCUACAGUUGUAUGUGAUUUUUGGAUAAUCUCACCAAAUUUGCAGUUUUUUUUUUUUUUUGGAAUUAUUACUUAAUGGUGUAAACUUACCGGUUUGGGAAAGAAUAUCACUUUCAAAUGUAUUAUUUUUAUUGUGUUUUUCUCUUUGUUUAUUGCUUAAUCUUUUGGUUGUCGGUGUUUUAAUCCGUUGAUUUUGGCUAACGUUGUUGUCUUUUGUUCCUUCUGUUUUUACUUGCAAUUUUUGCCCUUGUGUUUCUGAUCGUUUUACUGGAAAACUAUUUUAUCUGAAGUAAAAUCUUGUAGUUGAUUUUGUUUCAAAAAAAAAAAAAAAAGAAGAAUUUUGUAGUCGAUUUGUAGUCGCGACAGUUGUAUGCGAUUUUUCUGGUAAUAUCAGCAAAUCUGCCGAGUUUCUAUGUAUUUACUUAAUGGUGUAACCUUUACUGGUUUGGGAAAAAAUAUCACUUGCAAUUAGUAUUUUUCUUGUUUAUUGGAUCAGAGUUGAAAGAUAUUUUCACAUGGAAUUCUGCCAUAUCUUUUCUAUUUUGUGAAUUUGUUGAUUUUCUUGUGUUUUUCUCUUCGUUUAUCUUUUAAUUUUCCAGUUAUCGGUGUUUUAAUCUGUUGAUUUUGGCUAAAGUCAGUUGUCUUUUUGUUCCUUCUAUAUUUACUUACAAUUUUGCCCUUGCGUUUGUGAUCGUUUUACUGGAAAACUAUUUCAUCUGAAGUAGAAGUUUGUAGUGGAUUGUAGUUGCCAAAGUUGUAUGCUAUUUUUUUGAGCAAUAUCACCAAAUUUGCUGAGUUCCUAUUUAUGAACCUAAUGGUGUAACCUUAGGAUCCGAGUGUCAGAUUUGGCAAAUUCUAAUUAUUGAGAUUCGGGGGUGCGAAUUCAGGUAUGGAUACGGAUGCUGGGAUUCGGCUAAUAAAAUUCAAAAUUAUAUAAAUAUAGCUAUAAAGAUAUUCUAAAUUUUGAGAGAUAUUCUAUGAGAAGUUGAAAACUUCCAUGUAUACUGUAAAAUUCAAUCUUUCAUUCUCCAAGAUGGGCAUUCAUUUCCCAUGUCUUUAAUCGGUUUUAUCUUUUAUUUUGAGAAAUCAAAAUCUAAAUCCCUCCCCCCCUUAACACACCAAAUUUGUUUAUGUACUCCGAUCAAAGUAUCCGAAGUUGGUUGACCGAAUCCGAGAUGUAUCUCGCACUCAGUCUGGUCGGGUUCAGCAUCAAAAGUGAAGAGAAGAGUCCGCGCAACUUAGGGUGUAACCUUUACUGGUUUGAGAAAAAAUAUUACUUUCAAUUUAUUGGUGCCCAUUUGGCCAUGAAAAUUGUGAAAUUUGAAAAAAGUAGUUUUUGUUUUCAAAGUGAAAAAUGGUAUUUGGAAAUUGGAGUUGUGUUUGGCCAUGAACACAAAUUGGAGUUUAUUUUGAAUUUUGUGAGUGAUUUGGAGUAAAAACAACUUUUUGGUGUUUUUCAAUUUCUGGAAUUCAACUUCAAGUCGAAUUCCGGAAUUUUGUGGCCAAUCAUGAUUUCCGGUAUUCAACUCCGGAAAAAAGUAAGAAGUAUUCAUGGCCAAACGUCCAUUUAGUUUUCUUGUUUAUUUUAUCUGAGUUGAAAGAUAUUUUCAAAUGGAACUUUCGGUGUUCUGUUAUUGUUGAAGAUUGUAUGUGGUGUUGAUGUUGAUUUCAAGACCAUAUCCAAUGAGAAAUAUGUCUCUUUUUGAAUUUGUUAUGUAAAAUUUGAAAAUGAUAUGAGUAAAGCUGGAUGAACUUUUUGUAGUCUUAAGAAAAAGCUGUUUAAUUUAGUUUUGCUCAGUAUCAAGUCAUCAGCUUAAGUGCUCUCAGUAUGGCUUGUGAAGAUUGCUUUGCUGUUUGCUUAAAUACUAGGAGUAAUUCCAUUCAUCUGUUACUUCUUGGUUACAUCCAUCUGUUUUUUGUACAAAUUUAUCAAGAGCUUACGUGAAAGUGCAUUUUGGAACUUUAAAUGCCUGAAGAAUGUUUCUUUUUUCCUUAUGCAUUUGGUGUUUGGAAUGACAGGAGCUAUCAGUUCGAAGCUGCUGCUUUUGGGAAGCACAAGGAAUCAUAGAAUGAGCACCCAAGAUAGAAGGGCACAUCCGAUUAGGUACACGAGGAACCACUCAAGAAGGAAGACGGUACUGGAUGUAGAUCUGAACGUUCCACCCCCAUCUGAUAAUCGGGAUCAGGAAGGAACUUCAAGUCGUGUUGUUCCUGGAAAUGUGCCAACUACACAAAGAGGUGCUUCUUCGACACCUGCUCCAAUUGAUGUUGAGGCACUUGAUGAUGACGUGAUAAUAAUAUCUUCGCCAAGGGCACUUGCGGAAGCAAAACACCGCUCCAUGAGGACCCGUGAACAGGUUAUCCUCGUUGAUGAGGAUUCUGAGGAUCGUUUGCCUAAGUCUAACAGUCGCAACAGGCGCAGAAGAAUCUCACCCAAUCAGUCAACAUUGAUUGGCGACAUUUACAUCAACCUAGAAGCAAAUAGCAGCUUAAAGGCAGUCGAUGCACAGAUUGCAAUACCUCCAAAGCCAAAAGAACCCACAUUUAGCUGUCCAGUAUGCAUGGGAACAUUAGUUGAGGAGAUGUCAACGAAAUGUGGUCACAUCUUCUGCAAGGCUUGCAUCAAGGCUUCCGUAGCUGCUCAGGGGAAAUGUCCUACUUGUAGGAGGAAAAUUACCAUGAAAGACACCAUAAGGGUGUAUCUUCCUACCACAACUUGAGAUAAAGGGGUCGGCCACCAUUUUAUAUGGCCGCCUAUGGAUGAAGUGCUUGUAGAGGCAGCUUCUUGUUAAACUAUCUGGGUUGAGGAAAUAUUGGAGGUUUCAGGAGGGGCAUUGUGUGAAAUAUGAUUUUAGUUAUUGUUACUGGAAACUUUGGCUGUAGCUAAUGCCGUGCUUUUUUCUUUGCUUUCAAAAGACUAGCUAGUGGAAAAGAUGAAGUUCGUGAACUUCUGUUUAUUGCGUUCUAGUUCCUGUUUAGUAGGACAUUUUCAGUUCCGGACUCUUAUUGUUAAAUCCUAGUGAAACAAACUGUGGAAGGGAAAAACCGAAAAAAGAUAGUCGUGUUAAACUCUUUAUAUUCGAGGGGAAA